AUAAAUUCCUUCCCAAAUCCCUGCUUUUCCCCAGGUAUUUAAUUCUUAAGCUCAAAAUAGUAUAAGCAACCCAUUUUUCAAUGGCAGAAGAAUUUCAAGAAUCUGAAGUCAUUUUUCAAGAAAAUCUCGAAUAUAAAGACCGUGAGGAGUACAGCAAUGUUCCAGUUGAUUCGAUUUCUCGAGAGUUCACAAGAAUAAUAAAGGGCAAAAGGAAGAAGUUGAAGAACAAGAAGAAUUCAGUUCCAGUGAAUAUACCGGAAAAUGCGAAUAGAAAGUCAUGGUUUCAGUAUGUAGAUUCUGAUUUUUUUGGUGAAGAUAUUGGCGAUGAUGGAGAAAUGGUCCCACCCCACGUCAUCAUCGGACGGCGUCUUGCUGGAAAGAUGCUGGCGUUUUCAAUCUGCACCGGGACUAAUGGGAAGAGACUUAAAGGAAGGAAUUUGAUGGAAGUCCGAAAUUCAAUUCUCAGGAUGACAGGAUUUCUUGAAACAUGACUUCUUCCGGUGAAGGCCAGGAAUAACACAGCUGAAGAAAUUGAAAUAAAAAUAGAAAAUAUUUUUUAGCCACCUUUUGUGACUUCAAUUUUCAUCCUUUGAUCGUUAUAGAAUAUUCAGAAUGCACGUAAUCGACUGUAGCAGAACUGAAAAUUCAUUUUUCUCAGAAGAGAAGGAUAUUAAAAUCUUUGAAAUUGAAACAAAUAUAAUUUUCUUA